GAAAAUGUUGUCGAGCACUAUGAGAAUCCAAGGAAUGUAGGUUCACUGGACAAGAAAGACCAAAGCGUGGGUACCGGCUUAGUUGGUGCGCCUGCCUGCGGUGACGUCAUGAAGCUGCAAAUCAAAGUAGAUGAAAACGGUAAAAUUGUUGACGCCAAAUUUAAGACCUUUGGUUGCGGAUCUGCCAUUGCUAGUAGUUCUUUAGCUACGGAAUGGGUCAAAGGCAAAACUAUAGACGAGGCCGGAAAACUAAAGAAUACCGACAUAGCUAAAGAGCUAUGCUUGCCUCCAGUAAAACUACAUUGCUCUAUGCUGGCUGAGGACGCUAUAAAGGCAGCACUGGCUGAUUAUAAAGUGAAGCAGCAAAAGAAGAACAAUUAAGCGUUGUACACCGAAUUACCCAGAACGGAAUCUCUUCACGAAGCACAGACGACAAAACGCUCUUGAACCCCUUAUCACAAAUGUGGAUGGGGGA